AAGACCCUUUAUUUAUUAUUUUCAAGAUGGCAGCAGGAAUGUACUUGGAACACUACCUUGACAGUAUAGAAAACCUGCCAUUUGAGCUACAGAGGAAUUUCACUCUUAUGAGAGACCUGGACACACGGACUGAGGAUCUGAAAGGGCAGAUAGACUCUUUGGCUCGUGAGUACACGUCAAAUGCACACACCCUCUCCUCUGAGCAGAAGCUCUCCCUGCUCCGGCAGAUCCAGCAGUCAUAUGGCAAGUGUAAAGAGUUUGGAGAUGACAAGGUACAGCUGGCCAUGCAGACCUAUGAGAUGGUGGACAAACACAUCCGCAGGCUGGACACAGACCUGGCCCGCUUCGAGGCAGACCUGAAGGAGAAAAAGAUUGAGAGCACCGAUUAUGAUUCGACCUCCAGCAAGGGAAACAAGAGUGAGCUCAGGGGGCCAAAAGAGAAGAAGGUGGCUCGCACAAGGUUAAAGGUGAAGUCAGACGACGACUGCAGCCCCAAGAGCGGACAGAAGAAAGUCAAAAUAACACAACCGCCUGAGUUCACAGCCCCUACAGUGAACUUUGGGAACGUCCACCCCUCGGACGUGCUGGACAUGCCCGUGGACCCCAACGAGCCCACCUACUGCCUGUGUCACCAAGUGUCCUACGGAGAGAUGAUCGGCUGUGACAACACAGACUGCUCCAUUGAGUGGUUCCACUUUGCCUGCGUUGGGUUGACGACAAAACCCAGAGGAAAAUGGUACUGUCCAAGGUGUACUCAGGAGAGGAAGAAAAAAUAAACCCAGAGAAUCAUAACCAACAAUCAUAACCCUAGAGGGAUGUAGAGUUUACAAAGGAGGGUUCAGUGUUUGUAUUGGAACAUGGGAAACCCUCCAUAAACAAUAACAUAGACUCUGCGGGUCAUGUUUAAUAGGUCACACUGUUGCAAAUUGUUUUGAUACGCAAAACCAAAAUGAGCAUUUCCUAUUGGACCAAGUCCCCUUUUUCAGUCCGUGUUCUUUCGUUCAGUGUCUAAUGGUACUUCCAGUCUGCUAUCCUGUAUACCUCUCUUUGUUAAACAGAAAGAAGGACAUUUGACGGAGGUGUAGUUACAGCCGUUAGCCUAAUUGAUGUUCCCCAAUCAUUACUAUUAUAUUGUUGAACUUUUUGAUGGUUGCUUUAAUGCUUAUUUAUGCAGAGUACUACAGGGACGUAUACCCUGUCAUGAAGCCACUCAGUUGCUUCAUGACAGACUGUAACAGCGACUCGUACUGGAUGCUUUUAUACUGAACACUAUUCAGCCCUGAUACACACCGAUCACAUGUAACAACUAUUUUAUUCUCCAACUAUUCUCUAUAUUCUCACAGGUUAUUUCCAUAUCAGACUUUUGGGGGACAAAAAAGAAAGUGGAUUGAUUAAGCAGAGUCGUUGAUUUAGCUAGAUUGUCGAUUUGACUGAAACGAGUGUGCAGAUCUAGCGGGGGGAAAGCACAGAUCUAGAUGUGCUAGUUCAGAAUGCUGUCGGAAGCAAACUGGACAAUUUCUCUCACACAUUCACUUAAACAGCAAUCACCUGAAUUGCAGGUUGUUUGCACAAAAGAGUUGGAAUUAGUGAACUGGAAAAGGAAGUGAGUAACAAAGUCUAGAUGGUAAAACUUUCAAAAUAUAUAUUUUCAGAUAUAUGGACAUUUUGAUAGGCCCCAUCUCAAAUCAUUCAACAAUGCCCUGUAUAUUUCUAUUAGGAAGAGGCAUUUCUUUGACUGGCUGUGCUUUAUGAAGAAGCCUUCCAUAUUGAUCAGUACUGUAAUAACUGUAAUAACCAUUUACAUGUACAAGUAUCCAGAAUGACUGGCUACGUUGCUCAGUAUGGUUUGACUGGUGCCUCAAGAAUAUUAUUUCAUUUAGGUAAAAUGUUAAACUAAUUUAAAUGUAUUUUGAUGCUAUGACUUUUUGUAUUCUGACUGUAAUUGAAUACUGUACUUCAAAACAUUGGGUGUUGUUUUUGAUGUUAUCCAUUCUUAAGGAAUAAAGCAACAACAACAACAA